AUCACAAAUUGCCGUUUAUCUAGGUAACACUAUUUUACUUCUUAUUUCUGCAUUGAUUUGGUAAUGUAAAUGUGCUUAGAACUAAUAAAAAUAUGCAGUUGGUGAGAAUUAAUGCAUGACUGAUCAGCAGAGUGGAAUGUAAGCAUGUGCCAUGAAAUUGCAAUUCUCCUGUCCUUUAUUUUCCAUCUUUUACAUUCAGAUUCCAUUUAGAAUAUAGUUCAUUUUUAUUUCUUUGUUUCCCAGAUUGGCCAAAAUGGGAAGGACUAGAUUCCACUCUCUUCCACAAAGACUAAAUGGAACUGGCUGAGAUGAAAGUCUGAAACGUUGUCCACCUGUCAUCAGUCCCUUUUUGCUUUCUUUUACGACCACAUGAAACUUGAGAAGCCACCCAAAGCUAACUCAUUUAGUGGAGUUGGGCAGUUCCCAAGUGUCCAACAAGAAGGCCUGGUUUAGGCUGCGAUGGCCACUGUCAUUCCUGGUGACUUGUCAGAAGUGAAAGAUACCCAGAAAGUCCCUUCAGGGAAACGUAAGCGUGGUGAAACCAAACCAAGAAAAAACUUCCCUUGCCAACUGUGUGACAAGGCCUUUAACAGUGUUGAGAAAUUAAAGGUCCACUCGUACUCUCACACAGGAGAGAGGCCCUACAAGUGCGUGCAACAGGACUGCACCAAGGCCUUUGUUUCUAAGUACAAAUUACAAAGGCACAUGGCUACUCAUUCUCCUGAGAAAACGCACAAGUGUAAUUAUUGUGAGAAAAUGUUUCACCGAAAAGAUCACCUGAAGAAUCACCUACAUACACACGACCCUAACAAAGAGACAUUUAAGUGUGAAGAAUGUGGCAAGAACUACAAUACCAAGCUUGGGUUUAAGCGUCACUUGGCCUUGCAUGCUGCCACCAGUGGGGACCUCACGUGCAAGGUGUGUCUGCAGACAUUUGAAAGUACAGGAGUGCUUCUGGAGCACCUUAAGUCUCAUGCAGGCAAGUCGUCUGGAGGGGUGAAAGAAAAGAAGCACCAGUGUGAGCAUUGUGACCGGCGGUUUUACACCCGAAAGGAUGUCCGUCGGCAUAUGGUAGUGCAUACUGGAAGAAAGGACUUCCUCUGUCAGUACUGUGCACAGAGAUUUGGACGGAAGGACCACCUGACUCGGCAUAUGAAAAAGAGUCACAACCAAGAACUCCUGAAAGUCAAAACAGAGCCCAUGGAUUUUCUGGACCCAUUUACUUGUAAUGUUUCUGUGCCUAUAAAAGAUGAGCUACUUCCAGUGAUGUCCUUACCUUCCAGUGAACUGUUAUCAAAGCCAUUCACAAACACUUUGCAGUUAAACCUCUACAACUCUCCAUUUCAGUCCAUGCAGAAUUCUGGAUCUGCCCACCAAAUGAUCACAACUUUACCUUUGGGGAUGACAUGCCCAAUAGACAUGGAUGCUGUUCAUCCUUCUCACCACCUUUCAUUCAAAUAUCCCUUCAGUUCUACCUCAUACGCAAUUUCUAUUCCUGAAAAAGAACAGCCAUUAAAGGGAGAAAUUGAGAGCUAUCUGAUGGAGUUACAAGGUGGCAUGCCCUCUUCAUCCCAGGAUUCCCAAGCAUCAUCAUCUAAACUUGGGCUGGAUCCUCAAAUUGGGCCCCUCGAUGAUGGCUCGGGGGAGCUCUCCCUGUCUAAAAGCUCCAUUUCUAUUAGUGAUCCCCUCAACACACCGGCGUUGGAUUUUUCCCAGCUGUUUAAUUUCAUACCAUUAAAUGGUCCGCCCUAUAAUCCUAUAUCAGUAGGGAGCCUUGGAAUGAGCUAUUCCCAGGAGGAAGCACAUUCAUCUGUGUCCCAGAUGCCCCCACAAACACAAGAUGUGCCAGAUCCGGCCAACUCUAUAGGUCUCGGGUCUCUACACUCUCUGUCUGCAGCCUUUACUAGUAGCUUAAGCACAAGCACUACCCUGCCACGUUUCCAUCAAGCUUUCCAGUAGGACCCGCUUGCGGAUUUAUCCAUAAGUAUAUGUGUUGUCCUACCUUAGAUAACAUUUUAUUUUAGUGCCUAUUUUGAGACAAUACAAAAAUUUCUGGUUUUGUAUAGUACCAAUUUUCAUUAAGGCAGUAUGAGACAGAACCUAGCUUUUAAAAUGCUCUUCAGAACCAUUUGUGUUAAGUUAUAUUUACCUGGAUAUAUUG